AUGAACUCCUGCAGACUUCCAAUCAGCUCUCCUAUUAGCCAAGUUUCCCAACAAAGCAACCAAAGCCAUAACAGUCUGCGCAAAAAUUCUCGGCGACCCAAACUUGUCGAUGGGGAUACCCUUCUCCAUUCUGGAGUAUGGCAAGAUCAAAGAAGCCGGCGUGGCCAAACUUCCAUCACACAUCUAAUGAACAUCACCUUAUCUCCACUAUCUCAUGAACAAGGAAGUAGCCGUCCUAGAGGACUCAGAAAAAGCAAUAAUUAUGGCAUCAGCUCUAGUCAUCGCUCAAGCGACAAAGCGAGGUACAUUCACGCCAAUUUUCGUUUCAUUGUAAACCCCCAAAACGAAUACAAGUCUCAAGUUAUAGAUUCUGACCAGCCACUUGAUUGGAACUGUAUCUUGCAGCUACUAGCUUCACCAAUAUUACAAGAGAUCUCAUGUCCAAUAUGCCUCUCACAUCCUGCCGCGCCAAGAAUGGCAAAAUGUGGCCAUAUUUUUUGUCUACCUUGCUUGAUUCAUUACAUGCAUUCGACCGACGUCGUCAAAUCCAACUUCGAAAAAAAAGCUCAUUACAAACAAUGCCCGAUCUGCAAUGACUCAAUGUCUAUCUUAGAAACUAAGCCGGUGAGAUGGUACAUCGGACAAGAGGUUUCUCAACUUCAUGAAGGCGAUGAAAUUAUUCUACGACUUAUGACGCGAUAUCCACAUAGUACCCUUGCAUUGCCUAAAGAUAGUGCAGAGACUGCCGCAAAACACAAUGACAUACCUUGGUAUUUCGAGAUGGAUGUUUUAGAUCACGCUCGAGUCAUGAAAGGUACUGAAGAUUACAUGAUCGAACAGCACAAUACCGAGAUCGAAAUACUCCUUCUUCGAGAGAAAGAAGACUCUUUGAUAUUUGGGGAGGAUUCUGAAUGGACCCAAAAAGCUAUUUCAGCAAUUAAAAAGGAUAAAGAAAAUGUACAUGGACUAGGUAACCCUUCAUCAUCUUUUCGAAAGCAGAAUUAUGAUGAGAACAAGAAAAAGCUUAAGAAUACCUCAACAAACAAUUCGGAUAAUUCCAGCGCUGAAUUUGACAACCGAAAAUAUGAGGAUUACCCUAGUAAUGCCAAUUGCGAUGAAAAAAAUAAAAUUAGGACACAAACAGAAAAAAAAAAUAAGCAUCAUGACCUCGCACAUCAGAAAAUUGUUCAGGACGAACGACGUCAUCUCGAGACGCCCUACUACUUUUAUCAGACCCUUCCUAAUUAUUUUUUGGCGCCUCUUGAUAUUCGAAUCUUGAAAACAGCUUAUGGCACUUUUGAGUCAUUUCCUUCCAUCCUUCUUUCUCGCAUCGAAAACAUAGCAACUGGAUAUAAUGUUGAUACUGAUUUAAAGAAGCGGAAAAAAUAUCUAUCCCAUCUACCUAUUGGCUGUGAUAUAUCCUUUAUUGAGUGUGAUUGGACUAGUUUUAUUUGCCCUGAAAUUUUGAAACAGUUUGAAGAAGAAAUAAGGAGCCGACGGAAAAGAAAUCACGAAAAGACGACACGAGAAGACCAGGAUAGACUUCGUGCCGAAGAAUUCAAUGAAAUUUCUCAAUGGGGGGUAAAUCCAGCUGCACCUUAUGGUGAUGAACUAGCCGAACUUCAUCAACAAAACUUUCAAGCAAUGAAAGAUUCUUCUAUCGAUAAGUUGGAGGCCUUACAUGAUUUACCAUCGAUAGGUUCCAGUAAAGUGAAAACAGUAUGGGGUACAUCGCUCGCUGCACCCACAUCUCUACAAAUCUCUUCACCCGAACCCCAAGAAGAUAGUGAUGAUGGAUGGCUGAACCCCUGGCAAAAUGAGCGACUUGCAAACCAUUUGAAUACUACAACUGAGAACCUUUCGCAAACAGAAGAUAAUUAUGGAAAUAACUCUACUGCCGGAACUUGUCAGAGUAAGAAGAAGAAGACCAAGAAGAUACUGUUAAUGAGCACUACUCCAAGGAGGGCUGCUUAA